AUGACAGACUAUCUUUCGAGACAUCCACUACCAGAAACAGUUGAGACGAGUCAUGAGAACCAUGUGAAAGCAGUCAUCGAAAUUCACCAUGCCAUUAUGUUAGAAACAAUUAGGACGGCAACAAAGGAAGAUUCAGUUCUUCAAAAAGUGAAAGAAGCGUUAAUUAGUGGAAGAUGGAACAAGAUUUCACCAGAGUUAGCACCUUACUACGAGCUAAGAGCAGAGAUAUACGUGGCAGAAGGAGUAAUACUGAGAAACGAUCGAAUAAUUCCACCUGAAAGCUUACGAGAAAAAAUUAUUCGUACGGCACACAGUCAGGGACACUUGGGAAUCACAAAAACAAAGGCGAUGAUCAGGAAGAAAUAUUGGUUUCCGGCGAUGAAUCAGCGUAUCGAAAACACCGUUCGGGACUGUUUUAGCUGCCAGAUCUCUACAAAUACACACCACACGGAACCGGCAAAGAUGACGGAACUGCCAGAAAGACCGUGGGAUACAGUUGAGAUGGAUUUUUGCGGUCCGUUCCAAAUGAAGAAACUGAAGAAGAUAUUUUCAACGUAUGGAAUACCAAAGAGAGUUCAAACUGAUAAUGGACCUCCAUUCAAUUCAAAUGAUUUUCAACGAUUUGCUGAGGUGACGGGGUUUCGGCAUAAGAAGAUUACACCCAGACAUCCUAAAGCUCAAGGACAAGUUGAAGGGUUUAAUAAGCUCGUGAAUAAGACAGCAAGUAUAGCAUCUCAAGAGGGUUUGGAUCUACACGAGGCAACCUACGAUAUGCUUCAAGCGUACAGAUCAACGCCACAUCCAGCUACUAAAGCUACUCCCUAUGAAUUAUUGAUGAACAGACAAGUGCGAACAAAAUUGGAUCACUUUCCUGUAGAAUUAUCUCCGAAAGAUAAAGAAACACGAGAGUUGGACGCAAGUUACAAGAAGAAAGUGAAGCUAUAUCAGGGAUAUUUUGCAAGAAGAAUAACUGAUGGUAAAACGGUGUGCAGAGACUCAUCCAGAUUUAAACGGUUAAAUGGAAGAAGCGACAAAGACAAAGAAGAAAAGAAGAUGGAAGAAUUAAAGAAAAGUGAAUCACAAGUACCACCAUCAUUCAAUCUGAGAGACAAGAAGAUAAUUAACAAUGAAGAAAAUGAAGAUCAAGAAUUAAUUAACAACGAAGUAAGAUAUGAUGUAGAGGACACUAAUCAAGAGAACGAACAAGACUCGAGAAUUGUUGCUGUGAAAAUCACUGGUAAGUUUCUUGCAAGAUUUGUUCCUAAUCUUAGACAACUCUCAGACGCGAGAUCGCACGAACUCAGCGCCAUUGACAGGCAAAUUGGUGCGUAUCAUUUGUUUGAGGUUUGGAUAUUAUUCGCUUCCGAGUAUCGCGUUCAGAAUGCGAGCAGACGCUGA